AUGUUAGAUAGCAGUUUAGAAAACCAAAUCAAACCCACAUUUGAUUUUCUUAAAGGAUACGUAAGGGCCAAUGAGACUUUAAUUCUUGCAGUUAAACAAUCUAUCCGCGUCCGCCUGUGCAACGUUCAGAAAGUUAUGGUGCCAAACAUCGACACCUUGUGGGCUCAUGGUGUGCCUAAAUUCCACAUUGAAAAACUGAUCAUGAUGCAGCUUAGAGCACUAAUGUUGGGAGUUGACGUGUUUAAAAACGUUACUGAUGCAAUUAAGGAAAUGGGAUUUGAUCCCAAAAGUCAAUCAUGGGCUAUCACUUCAAUGUCGAUGAAUACCAAACACAAUUGGGAAAAGAAAAAGGAAGCUUUCAUGAGCUUUGGUUGGUCUGAAAGCACAUUUUUGCGACUGAUAUUUAUGCUUGGCUCAGAGAAGAAGAUCAGGGAACUCAUGGAUUUCUUGGUGAACAAGGCGGGGUUAGGAGCAUCAGAGAAUGCUAAAUGCCCAAAUCUUAUUCGAAAUAAUUUAAGGAGAAUCAAUCCAAGAUGUUCUGUUCUGCAAGUUCUGAUGUCAAAGGGUUUGAUUGGGAAGGAGGUAAAUGUGCUUUGCGCGUUAGAUUGUGGCAAAAAGCGAUUUGAGACCAGGUUUUUGACAAGUAUAAGGAGGUAG